CCUCCCUCGUCCAGUGGAUGACGCACCUUUUCAACGUAGCCGUCGUCAUCGUCGUCGUCGUCGCGCGCGCGUCGUGCUCGCGUAGAACCACAUUCGGCGCACUUGUCACUCACAUCGCGAUACUAACUUUGCGGGAGUCUUCUAUACAUCGUCGUGUCGUGGUCGUCGGCGUCGUCUUGUACCGGCGUUGCUUGCCAACCGCAUCCACUAGUGCGCCCGUAUCUCCGCUCGCCGCUUAAGCGUCACCCUUGCGGAUGAACAAUCCUGUUCGCCAGCGGCGACAAAGAAAGUCGGCGUAGCCAAGCACCACGAUGUCGCGCUCUAUGCUGAAGGACUCGCCGAACGCGGCGUUAGACAAAACCCUGCUGAAGAAAUACCUCGACCUUCCCCAACCCGACAAUCUGAUUCAGGCGAAAUACAUCUGGAUCGACGGUACCGGCGAAGGACUACGUUGCAAGACCAGGACCUUAGACUUCGUGCCGAAACAUCCUUCCGACCUGCCGACAUGGACGUACGACGGCAGCUCGACAUACCAGGCCGACGGCGCCAACAGUGACAUAUUCCUGUAUCCGGUGGCGAUCUACAAAGACCCGUUCCGUUGCGGUAAUAACAAGCUCGUGCUUUGCGACACUUACUACAGCGACAAGACCCCGACGAAGACGAACAAACGUUAUCGCGCUAAUCAGGCGAUGGAGGCGGUCAAAGAGCAAGAUCCUUGGUUCGGCAUCGAGCAGGAAUACACUUUGUUGGAUUUCGACGGUAGGCCGCUUGGCUGGCCCAAAAACGGCUUCCCCGGACCACAGGGUCCCUAUUAUUGUGGCGUCGGUGCUGACAAAGUUAUCGGCCGUGAGAUAGUCGAGGCCCACUACAGAGCCUGCCUUUACGCCGGCGUGAAGAUCUCCGGGACCAACGCUGAGGUGAUGCCCUCACAAUGGGAGUUCCAGGUUGGGCCGUGCUUGGGCAUCAACGCCGGCGACGAUCUGUGGAUCGCCCGAUUCAUCCUGCACCGCAUUGCUGAGGAGUACGGCGUGAUCGUCACCUUGGACCCGAAGCCGGUGGACGGCUCAUGGAACGGUGCCGGAGCCCACGCCAACUUUUCGACGAAGCCGAUGCGUGCCGAGAACGGCAUCGCCGAGAUCGAGAAGGCAAUCGACAAAUUGAGCAAGCAACACCUCAGGCACAUCCAGGCGUACGACCCGCGUGGAGGAAAGGACAACGAGCGCAGGCUGACCGGCAAAUGCGAGACCAGCAACAUCCACGAUUUCAGCGCCGGCGUAGCCAACCGCAACGUCAGCAUCCGCAUACCGCGCGGCGUCGCCGAGGACAAGAAGGGCUACCUAGAGGACAGAAGGCCCAGCAGCAACUGCGAUCCUUACUCCGUCUGCGACGCCUUGGUCCGCACCUGCGUGCUCAACGAAUAAUAAAGCCACAGUCGACAGCGGGCAUCUCGAAGAACACACACACACAUACACAUACGCAUACACAUAACAUACAAACAAAUCCCACGGAUUGACACGCACACCCGCACACACCUGGAGAGCGUACAAUUAACUGUAGGACUAACAUGUCGAAAUAUUCGGGACGAUGGUUAAUGACAAGCAGCGGUGGAUCUGCUUGAGGAAGAUGGCGAGGUUUUACGCUUCAGAUCCGGACAGAGCCUAGUAUCUCUUUGAAUAGACACUUGGCUCCGAGAAACAAGAUUCACGAAGGCUGAUUCAACGUUGAUUGGAUUACAAUGAGAAAAAAACACCGGUUGAGCCGACAAAAAUAUUGUAUUCACUGAGCAAAAAUUACUCAUGUAUCGGCACAGCAAUGUGAUACAUUGACAGAGUUGCUGACUAAAUCGCAAUCACUGAAUCUAUGGAUAGAUCAUCGCAUCAAUUAUAUAAUUUGUUUGGUCUAAUCAAACUAAAAAAUGUAGUAAAAUCUCGCUGAUACCAUACUUUCUUUUCUCAGUGUACAUAAAGCGAAGCUCACUUCUCGAAUAUAAAUGCGAGUCUUGAGCGCGGCCGUUUGAUAACGAAUUUCAUUCAGUCCCUCUUCGUGAACAUUCGCGUAAUCGCGAAUCUGCAAGCAGACCCACUCGAUGGCGCGCCUAACGCUAAGUAUCAACUUUAAAUUUCAUUUUAGCCUGACACUAAGAUCAUAGGAAUCUUCUUGGAUCAAACAGCAGCCCCCCUUUUAGUGUCACGUUUAAUGCUAAGCACGAUAUCCAAUUCCGAAUUUCAUUCAUUUGACGUAAAUAUCGCGUUCGAUAUAAAUACCUAAAGGCGGAUGAUGGCAUUCGGUGGUAAAUAUGGACGGCAAAAUGCGAAGAAUGACUUGACAAUAGAAUUCCAGAAUUGCGUUAUUGAAAAGGUUCGAUAUAAUUGAAUUGUCGAAGAUUUGGUAUAAUCAGAAUAGUUGACAAAUUAUUAAUAAUCGGAAAAUUAUUAAUAAUCAGUAGUUGAAAAAUUGACGGUUUCUGUUACAACCAUUUCAGUUGCAACUGUUUUGAUUGUAUCUCAACUUCACAUGAUUGUAAUUUUAAAAGAUUUGAAAGAUUACGUAAUUUUAAAAGAUUACGGACGCCCGGAAGAGCACUCAUUCAACUAGUAAACACGCACGUUUUUAUCAGAAGGGUGACGAAUACGAUAGUGAUAUUACGAUGAUAGGAUGAAGACGUCGACACUUUUAUUCGCACAAACGAAGAACGACGCCUUGUCGAUGCCACUCAACGCUCGUUCUUCGUUUAGAUUUCGCCGAGCGACGCAGGAGUUUCGAUCAUCGACGCCGUUGGGCAUCUUGAGAAUACUCGAAUGCCUCGCGUGAGAGCGAUGAGCUUCUUCGAUUGUAGUCGCGGAUAUAGUGAAAUUGCAGGUCGACUAUUGAUAAACAUAGUACAAUGCGAAAGUAGCGUAAUUACCUAUUCUUAGUGAUGCGCAUGUGGGAUCAAUAAAGAUGAGAGAAAGAGAGAGAGGGAAAGAUCGGUUGGAACGCGUAAGACGGUCGAUUUACGACUUGUCUUCGACUCGUCUCCGCGCAAGCGACGAGAGAACGUCGUAUAAAGCAGUAUACUUAGCAAAUAUCUUAGCAAAUUAGCGCAAUUAAUACGAUUAAGAGACAGAGGGAAAUGAGAGAGAGAGAGAGAAAGUUUAUUAUUUCGUAUUUCGUAAGCUUAUCAAGGAUUUGCUUUAUGGAGUCAAAAAAAAAAAUAUAUAUAUAUAUAUGUGUGUAUAUAUAUAUAUAUAUAUAUAUAUAUAUAUAUAUAUAUAUAUAUAUAUACACACAUAUAUACAAUGUACAAUCGCGGUGUCUCCGAAGAAAGGUGUGCCGACCGUUGCCAAAGCGAGAAUUUUGUCGGAGGCGCAAUCACAACGUUAAAUUUUAAAAAUGUUUCACGUUAAAUUAUACAUAUAUACAUAACAUAUAUAUGCGUAAAAUAUUAUGACCAGUUAUUAAAUAAAGAAAUUUUAUCUUUCCAUUCUCUCAGAUUUAUUAAGAUUUUAACGGAGCCUCGCGAAUACUAUACAUAUACAUAUAUAUAAUAAACUUGUUAUUUUGAGAAGGACAUGUGUGAGAGAAACUUCCUAUUGUAUCCGGAGAAUACCUAUAAAUAUAACAACAGCAGAAGCUAUUGAA